AUGGAUCACUUCAAUGCUACAGUCUUCAACGGGUCAAUGGUAGCCACCCGGAAGGGCUUCCAAGUGACCAAGCAGAAACACAAGGGCACCGCAUUCGUCAACUCCUCGGUACAGAAUGCCGAACAGCAGAAACCAAAGCAGCUCUGCUCGCUGCCUUUCCGAAACACACAACUCACGUUCAUCACCAACGGCGCGAAUGAUGGGAAACUAGCGCCUCCACGACGACGAACAGGAAGAUCUAAAUCACCCUCAGACAAGCCACUCGGGUCUGGAGUCACCAAGGCCAAGAGGCUUUUCAAGACUUCGUCUAGCCGUCGGUCAAGCUCUUCCGCUUCAUCCACGGCUUCCGUGUCUUCAGAAGAGCGCCUGAUCGACAGUGGUCGAGGAACUCCCGAGCUACUUACGGCUCCUUGCGUACAACCACUGUCGCUACCUGCCUGGGCAUCCUACAGGCUACCCGAAAGCUUGCCGAGUUCGAAAAAGAGACUUCUCUUCAUGUGCCUCGCUUUUGCACCGAGUGAUGAGUUCUCCUACGACGAGGCUAGACUAUUAGAGCAAGACCCUUGGAAACUACCCGAGAUGCACGUCUGGUCGGUCCAGGAUCCCACCAGCCUACAUUGCGCGAUAACACUCGGGGCUUUGUUUGAUGGCAUGAGUGCGGGAAAACGGGACACGCCAGACCUUCUAUCAUUGUCAUCUCAGCUGUCUUCCAUCAUCAAUCGAAGGCUCAACGACAAUACGCAGACCGGGCUUUCCCGUGACGUGACGAUACAUGCUGUGGCGACGAUGGCAAUCCUUGCGGGAUACGGUGGGCAACACGAUCACUGGCAUGUGCACAUGAAUGGUCUGCUACGAUUAAUUGACCUAGUUGGUGGCCAACACAACAUGAAUCCUCGCACGAUACAUACGAUCCGCACGGCCGACUUGGUAGGAGCUAUCUCGGCAGCUACUAAGCCCUGCGUUCCGUUCAUCAGGCGCCAGAUUCCACUACAAUCCCCAAGCCCUCUUAUCGAUGACGAGAGAAUCGUCACACGCCUUACACACCACUUGUCCGGUUGUGGCAUCCAGCCCUCCAUCAUCAAAACGCUCAGCGAAGUGGCGAUUUAUAGUCGAUGUGUCUCCUUAUGUGGAGAUGACAGGAGAUCAUUGCACCUCGAGCCUGGAGUGAUGAUCGAACACUACCACUAUUUGGAAUAUGAGCUUCUCUCCUACCCGGAACCAUUGCGAGCACUCGACCAGGUGAUAUCGCCCACGACUACCCGCAGACUAGCCAUCAACGUCCCUUCCGGGACGCCCUUUCCACGCAUGGACCCUUCAGACACGUGUACCAAGGCCAUCGAGUCCGUAAUACGCAUCAUAGCCUUGAGGUUCCUGCGCGAACCGACAUUCGACCUACCUUGUGGCGAAAUGAUACAGUGCCAGAUGUUCAGGGAGCUCCUGGAGGACAUUCUCGCCUACCGAUGCAGGCAGACAUCCGCAGAUCCACUUAUCGAUCCCCUUCUACAGGAAGACUCGAGUGAUCCACAACGCCCGACGCUCAUCUGGAUAUGUCUUGCGGUCUACGGACAAUCGAUACGGACGACACUUACAUCAGCGAAUGAGCAGGAGGCAGCUGUGAAACUGGUGUGCCAGAAACUUCUCCGACAGGUGCUAGGUUCAGAGGCGUCCGCGAAUCCGGAACUGGUAUCUGAGGAAGACCUCGGGGUGUUCCACCUCCUGGAUUUGCGAAGCCAUAAGAAGCCUCGACGGGAUGCGAGAGAAGUAAUCAGGCAUCUUCUGGGACUGGGCAGCUAG